CCACAGUGACGAGGACAGAGACACGCAAGGUAAAGAUGAAACCUGAUGUUAGAUGAGGAGGAGGAGAAUCUGUUUUACAGUAUUUUCCCAUGAUUGAUGUUCAAAAAGUCUUAGAAAAUGUUAUUUUUGCUCUGAUCUGUUUAUUUUUUAUGGUUGACAAAGGUUGAGUGCUUUUUUUCAGUGUUGCCCAUCAUUAGCUACAACAACACACUGACUAAUUAAAAGAUCAAACGCUUCAACAAACACGACAUUGUUCCCCCCUGAACACUGAUGUGUUUUUCAAUUUAUUUCUUUGUUUAAAUUUGCUCCAAAAUGAUCGGUGCAUGAAACCGACAACCUGUCCGUCCGUCCAUCCACCCAGCAGCUGAGGCCUCCACAGCUUUACUGGAAACUGUUCUCAGAUCUGUGGAAGCCCUUCUCUGCAGACUGACAGAAGAACCCUGGCAGAACCAGGACAUGACCGGGCUGCCGUGCGUUCACACUGUUCCACCUGACGCCACACAGUUUUUACCGAUGAAUAUGAACAAGACAGAAGCUGUUCUGCCCUACCCUGACCAUUUGCAGAACAACGCGCCUUCUCUAAGUGAUCAUGACCUCUCCAAGCUGAUCACAAUAUCUCCCCUGUUCAAAACCCUGCAAGACAUCCAGCAGUCUUUGCAGACCCUGUCCACAGCUAGGUCCACUCAGCACGUCCACACCGUGUAUUCUGCCCAGAAGAUUCACGAUGGGCAACUAAUCCCCACUGCACUCGACAGCCUCUCACCUCACCAUGCAGCUGUUUUCCUGUUUGGUUGUCAGGUGAUGCAGUUACUUGAAAAUUGCUCCCUGUUUCCCUCUGUGCUUUUGCUGCUGGCAAAGUCAAUACCGGUUUCGUCAUCCGCCUGUAAUGAGGCUAUGCUGGCACACUGCUCAGGGGACUUUUAUUUUGAUGAGACCAAUCAAAUCCUUUAUCUGUCAGAGGCAAAGCUGCAGCAUGUGGGACAUUUUAUUGCCAUUAUCCUGCAAUCCAUGGCUCACAUAGCAUCAGGAUCCAAACCCCAGGCCUUCAUGCACGCUCUUCAUGAAGCCGUCUCGGCCCUCGGCCUGGCUUCGUUCAAUUUGUCUUUCCAUUUAAACGCAGCAAAGUCACCUACAAACCCGGCCGGUGGGUUAGUCAGAGACUUUCUCAACCUCAGACUUCCCUGUGAGGCACGGUUCACUGAACACCUGUUAGCACACAGGUUGGUGAGAAACGUUAUCUCUGACUCUGUAGUUCAGAAUGAUCCAUUCAUAUUGAAUUAUAAAAACAUUUGUUUUUCCAUUAAUAGACUUGAGAAGUACAAAUACUUCAAGAUGGAGCAGCUCAUCACUCGUCCUUCAGACAAGAACACAGUGACUGGUCCAACACCAAGAGGGACACCGAUGAAGAUAUCCUGCAUAGAGGAAGAAAUGGACCACUUGAAUGAGUCUUUCCUGCAGCUAAGCAUGCAGCUACAGAGCAGAGCUCAGGCGAGCAGAUGGGAGAAUGAGAGGGAGACGAGUGCCGAGAAGCAUUCGGAGAGCUCGCUGCCUUUAGACGUACCAAGCCUGAGUCGUGAUGGUACAGUCCUACUGGAACUGAAGAGACAGUAUGUAACACAGCGCCUCCAUGAGCUGCAAACCACAUUAGGCCUGAUCAAUCACUCAGGACCACUGGAUGGCAGCAAGUCAAAUGACUGGACAAGCUGUAAGCAAACCGACAACAGCGUCACAGCCCAGCAUGUUCAAAUGGACAGUUAUUCUGACAUGAAUGACUGCAGUCCCCCAAAUGCUCAGCAGGAGGAUGGCAUUCCAGCCAACCGCAGCCAGAGCCAAGAGACUGAACAACAAAUUGAGUCAGUCUUGAUAAACAGCCCGGAGACAUUACUGAACGGUCAGACGCCGGGAUGCCAGGAUGAAAUAUCAGGAUCAGAAAACUAUCACAUGGCACCAUUGCCUUAUACCUAAAACAACACACGGCCUGUGGGACCUUAACAUGCACAAAGUUUUUUUAAACUAAGUCUACACUAGGUUUCAUUAGAUGGCCUAAAGCUUGGUCAUAUUCUCCGUGUGUAUCGUUGCAUACCUAAUAUAUGCACAUACACAUAUACAGUACAUAUAUAUAUACAUAUACCUAUAUACAGACACACACAUACAUAUAUACACACGUGUUUGAUACUGUUCGCAAUUGCUCAGAAACAGUUUUUUGUGGCUGAGUAUUUUGUCCUUUUCUCAUUAGGCCUAAAAUAGCCACAUUUUGUGCCCUACGUGGACAUCCCAGUUUAUUAAAAAGUUCCGUUCUGUUUGUCAGGAAAUGAUCCCUACACUGCUUUAUAAUUAUAUAUGACAGCAGACAAAAAUCAUUUCCGACAAGCAGCCGGUGACAGAAGACAUGCUGUCGUGGUGUCGGAGCAGAUCCUCAGUCAGGAAUUAACUGUGGUCUAAAAGCAGGCGUCUGCUCAUUACCAUGUUCUAAUUAAGACAAUAAACUUCAGCUGACUGAACACGAGGUGACACUGCGCCUGUGUUUGUGUCCUACUCAGAACAUCUUCUCCCUAGUGUAAAGGUUAAGGCACCCAUGUGGUCAUGAAUAUUUAAGGUUAUGUAAAAAAGCCCACUACAACAAUUCUCUUGCCUCUUUUGCUCUGCCUUCCUCUCCUGCCGGCCUUUUUGUCUUUUUUUUAAUUUCAUUCUGUUCAGUAGAAUGGAAGAAUAAACAGGUUGAGCUAAAUGUAGCUGCAAAGUAGUUGAGCUUGUUGGAUCCUACAGAACAGAUGGAGAUGAUAUACAGUGUAUGCAGCUGCUGCACCUCUCUGGUUUGAUUGCUCUUGUCUGACAAACAAUGUUCUGGUGCCUAUAAUAGAAAGUGAGUAUUACUGUAUGCGUGCGGCCACGAGCCAUAUCAAAAGGUCAGAUGGAACAAGUCUUGACUGACUAUCAGUGUUAACUAAGGAGUCGGUGCCAAGUGGCCCAGGCUGGAGCUGGCUGUGUGCCCAUUCGUGUCUGUGGGUUUUGACUGCACAUAAGGGAGGUGUGCCGGGUCACAUGGUCCAUCAUUUAGAUUAGCCUGGAUUAGAUUGAAAUGUGCUACUGAACUUGAGUGCCUAUGUGUCUAGGAGAAGUAUCCAAGGUCAUGUGACCUCAAGUUAAGCUGCUCUAAUUUGACGACACAUUAUGAUGAUUUACAGUGGCUCAGCAACAAAAACAUUUAGCAAAAUUCUAAAAACAAAUAUUUUCUGGUCAUUGUAAACCGUGUGUGGUUAGUAAAGAGUUAGUAAAGGCAACAUCCGGUGAAAUAUUCUAUUUAAUGUGUUGUGUGUUGUUUUGAACCAGUAAUUUCCAAAGUGGGGGCAGUCCCCUCCAGGUGGCACAGAGAUACUUUGUGUUAAUGUAGCAAAGGAAAUUCAUUUCAAAUUCAAUAUUUUCUUUAUGUGUCCCCCAGUGUGGAAAUGCACUCAUUUGUAAUUGUAUUUCUUUCAUGGUACUUUUGUAGGAGUUACAGUGUUUUAAUAAAGUUCAGUGAAGCGUUAGCUGCAGAUGUGUUUCUUAACUUUGUAAUUUGGUUUUUAAAUAUCUUCUACAUAUUUCUUACAGUUCCUUUUUACUGCUCUUUCAGGGGCAGUUGUAGCCCCCUC